GAGUUGGUGGUGAUGAUAAGCCAGUGAUUGGAAGAGGUGGGGAAAUGUGUUUUAUGACACAAACAUUUUAUUGUUCUCAUCUGAUCAUACAUUAAUGGCAUCAAAAUCCAUCAUUAAUUUCUGUCUUUUUUUGGUUGCUUUUUUUCCUCAAGCUAAACGCUAGCUACCUAGACAGACAACCCCUUAUCUCUUGCGCUCUGCUGCAAAGAUGACGAUGAAUCAUCACUGCGUUCCGGAGUUCGAUAUGGACGAGGAUUACUUUCCUCUUCCGAUGACUGCGCCGCCGUCUGCAGCCGGUUUAAGCGGCGCUAAGAAGUCUGCAAUGGUGGAAGAGGAGAUUAUGGAGUUGCUAUGGCAGAACGGUCAGGUGGUGGUGCACACUCAGAACCACCAGAGAUCGGUGAAGAGAUCUCACGGUGACGACGGCGACGCGGCGAUUCCGGUUCCGGCGGCCAGAAAGGUCGGAUCGGCGGCGGAGGAGGAAAUGGCUACGUCUCAUCAGCCGCAACUAUUCAUGCAAGAAGACGAGAUGGCGUCUUGGCUUCACUAUCCUCUCGUCGACUCUCCUCUCGAACGUUAUCUCUCCGCUGAUCUCCUGUAUUCCGCCGCCGUGGCUCCGCCGGCCGCUCCUCUGCCGCCUAUUCCUCCCUCAGCCUCGGGGCGCACCGACCUGCGUUUGGCGCGGUUGUGUAGGCCGCCUGGACCGUCGAGAGCGGCGUCGACGGUGGUGGAGUCAAAUGAUACUCCGAUAGUUCCCACCGAUUAUAGAGAUUCUCACGUUGCAGAUAGUACGGCGCAGGUUUCAGGCGGAAACCUAGAGCGCGGUGGCGGGGCUAUGAGAGAGACUGAAGCUGCGGGCGCGUCAACGGGAGGCAAGGAAACGACAGCCACGUGUGAGUUGACGGUGACGUCUUCUCCCGGUUCAGCAGCCUGCAGCGUCAGCGCCGAGAAGUCGACAGCUCCGGCGACGACGACGGAAGACCGGAAGGCUAAAGGAAGCGAAACGGACGACGAGGGUCACAACACGGAUACUGACUUUGGGUCUGCUGAUAACGCAAAGAAGCAAACAUCUUCCAAGCGAUCUCGCGCAGCAGAAGUCCAUAAUCUCUCUGAGAGGAAACGUCGUGAUAGGAUCAACGAGAAGAUGAGAGCUUUGCAGCAACUCAUACCCCGCUGCAACAAGUUGGAUAAGGCGUCGAUUUUAGACGAGGCAAUUGAGUAUCUGAAAUCACUACAGUUGCAAGUGCAGAUGAUGUCUCUGGGGCAUGGAUGCGGCAUGAUUCCGAUGAUGUUUCCUGGGAUCCAGCAGUACAUGCCUGCAAUGGGGAUUGGGAUGGGGAUGCGGAUGGGCAUGAAUCCCCCUGUGGUGCCAUAUCCACCUGCAACACCAAUGGGGGGUCCGAGGUUUCCUCUGCCUGCAUUUCCAAUGCCGCCUCCAUUUGCCAUGGCAGAUCCCUCCAGAAUUCAGGCAUCAAACCACACAGAUCCCAUGCUCAACUCUAACCACCCACCAUUCCCAGCUCAGACACAAGUUACACCUUCAAUGAACGAGAUGGCGGAACAUUCUAAUAAGAGCAAGCCCUGCAACAGCAAAGAUUUUUGAGAAUCCAACAACUCUGCAAUGUGGUUGAUUCCCAAGCGGAUCAAUGAUGAGAAGUCUUCCCAACUAAAUUUUGUAGUGUAAGCGAAGCAGGAAGAGUGCAGCCUGCUCGGGCAUUUCUCAGUACAAAAAUAACAAAGCUAACAUGUAAUUACUGCUAUAGAAUCGAUGUAUUAAAGUUGUUUCAGUCAAUGAAAUUGUUGAAGAUAUGACCAA